CAUUAUCACCCCACAAGGCAAACACGUAGCAGCCCUGUCUAAGCCCCAGAAAUCUGGUUGUUUACAUAACAUUUUCUUAAUCCCAAGAAUAUCCUCUUCAGCUCUCGUUCCUGAUACAGCCUACAAAGAAGAGCAGCUGCCUUUGAGUGUGUUCUGUUAGCCCCUUUCUCCAAGGGUUUUCAAUCUGCACUCCUUGCUUGUCAUCUCAAGGUUUCUAUUUCUGCUAAUCAAGAUCAGAUAUAUCAAGGAAUCCCCCUGUGACUGAUCAAGACCCUCUUUCUGCCUCUGGUAGAUGGAUUAGAUAAUCAUUUGAUUGAAACUGAGUUUUAGGGAUUGUAUACAUUUUACAAAUCUGAACCCCUUCGUCACCCGUAGAAUUUUAUCUUGGUACAAAACAUGGGUCUCUCAAGCCUUCCUGCUCCAUCUGAAGGAGUACUAUGUGUCCUCCUGGUGAACACUGCUUUAUCCAUAUCAAUAGUCAAAGGCAUAAUCCGAUCAAUCCUUCAUGUUGUUGGUAUCCACCUUUCAUCAUCAUCAUCCUCUUCAUUACCCUCAGACUCUGUUGAAACCCCCUCAGAAUCAUUGGAGUUCCGCCUUAGUCCCUCUGAUGGUUACAUUGAGGAGUUCAGGAAUCGAACCCCAACAAUACGAUUUGAUGCAGUAUGUAACUGCAAGCAGGAUGAACACGACUGCUCCGUCUGCCUGACCCAAUUUGAGCCAGAAUCGGAGGUUAACUGCUUGUCCUGUGGCCAUCUUUUCCACAACGUGUGCUUGGAGAAGUGGUUGAACUACUGGAACAUUACAUGCCCUCUUUGUAGGACACCCCUGCUGCCUGAAGAAGAUGCUUCUUGCUUUUGGUGAGCUUAUGGAAUUGAGGAAAUUCCUGUGUACAGCGUGUUUAGUGUACAGUUAUUUACAUGAAUGUAUGAGCUGGAGACAUUGCCAUAUGAGUGGGUUGUCGACAAGUUUGCUAUUGAUAUAUUGGGGAGUUACAGUGACACCAGAAUUUCAUUGUACAUAUUGUGAGGUUUCUCAUGUUUCAUGCAUCUGACUUUGUCUUGAGCUCUUUUAGCUUAUGGAGAUAUUUUCCUUUCUGUCUCACUAUUCUAGUGCAAUGAGAAAAGGGUAAAUGAGAUAAGACUUGAGAAACUCCUGGUAAGAGGAUAGCAGCUGGUGUAUGUAUCAGUUGGGUCCUUUAUGAGGCAAGCUACAUCAACAUGUUUCUUCAGGAUAGACCUCACUUAUGCUGAUUUUUUUUCCUUCUCAAACAACUUUACUGUAGAUUAGCCAAAUAAAGAUUUUUACUUUCAGCUUUUAGGCGAUUACAAAAGAAACCCUACAAUCAUGUUUCUAGAAGAGAGAUUUUGCUUUUUAUAUUGUAGAGUGGUUCUAUUCAGACAGCAUUUGUUUUCCAAGUUUCUUGUCAGAUCUAUAUUUUUUU